CGUUCAUUCAUGACAGAGACUUCAGUGUGGCGUGACCCAGGAGAGAGAAGCUUCUCUUAUAAAUACACAACCUGAAUUGACCAGAUAUCCUGACCAGAGAGAAAGAGUAAUUAUUUUCAGGUGACGGCUGCCCCUGUGACCAUGACGCCAUUGUUUGCCCUCCUCUUGCCUCUCCUCCUCCUGCCCCUCGUCAGUGCCCAAGUUCCCCACUGGGGGCCUUGUCCGGAACCAGCCGUCCAGCCCGCCUUCAGCAUGAAAAAGUUCAUGGGUAGAUGGUUUGAAAUCGCCAAACUGCCUGCCCAGUUUGAGAAGGGGAAGUGCAUCGAGACCAACUUCUCCAUGAAGGCUGAUCAGACCAUUAGAGUGGUCAGCUCUGAAAUAUUAAAGGGAGAGCUAAGGACUAUCGAGGGGACAGGAGUCACAGAGGACUUGAAGAACCCAGCCAAGUUAGGCAUCAGCUACUCUUACGUCCUGCCCUACUCUCCUUACUGGAUCCUCUCCACUGACUAUGAGAACUCAGCGCUGAUCUAUUCCUGCACCGAUGUCCUGCGUCUGUUCCACAUGGACUUUGCCUGGAUCCUGGGCCGCACACGCACGCUCCCCGCUGCCACCGUCGACAAAGCCAGGGAGAUCUUCACAAGCAGCAACAUUGAUGUUAGUCGGAUGGUUGCCAGCAGGCAGCAGGGCUGUGAUUAGACCCUCUGAGAGAUUCAAUAGAAUUGGAUAGAGCAGAGUAAUGUAGAGUAGAACUUAAUAGAAUUUUCCCACAGGGACAUUUGGUUUGCAACAACAUAGUAUGCAAGAGAUGGUGAUGGAAACAAGUUAUAUAUUUUCCCUCAUCUGUGUAAUAAUAUGUUAGCUCUGGCAAACUUCAGUGACAUUUCACUAAUUAUUCAGAGGAAUCGUUAGAGGAAAACAAUGUACAGUAAUAGUUUGUCUGUUUUAUGCUUUUCUGUCAAAUUAUAUAUAUAUAUAUAUAUUCCAGUUACAAUUACGUUAUUUUAAAUCCUAUGACUGGAAAUUAAUUGUUGUGACCUAAUUUAAAAUGUUUGUCACAAACUGAAAACAUGAGUAUUCUCAUUAGAGGCAAUAAAGUAUAAGGAAAUCAA